GAUCCAGAAAGAGAAAGGAGAGAGACAAAAUAGCGGCUGUAUAGACGGACGUGUCCUGAGCCUUGUCCCGGAGCAGAUAGGGUGAGCAGCUGAAACGAGUAACAUCCAGCCCGAAUUGGUGAAGGAGACUCAGCUGGGAGACGGUUUGUAGCCGGGAAGGGCGGAGGACCCCUGGAGAAAGGUUCUUCCCCAGCUUUGAGUCCAGGAGGCCGGAGGCCAGACAAUGACUAGCAUGUUCAGGGCCACGUCUUGGGCCUUUAAGGGUCUUCAAUGCUCCUCAGUCCUUCUCUCAGCAAGAAUGAGCAGCAAAACAGCAGAUAGAAGCCGUCCACUGGCUGGGAAAGUAGCUGUGGUCACUGGGUCCACAAGCGGGAUUGGCUUCGCCAUCGCCCGGCGUCUGGCCCAGGACGGGGCCCAUGUGGUGGUCAGCAGCCGGAAGCAGCAGAACGUGGACCAGGCACUGGCAGCGCUGCAGGGGGAGGGGCUGAGCAUGUCUGGCACCGUGUGCCAUGUGGGGAAGGCUGAGGACCGAGACCGGCUGGUGGCCACGGCCCUGAGACAUUCUGGGAAUGUUGACUUCCUGGUGUGUGUGGCAGGAGUCAAUCCCUCCGUGGGAAGUACCUUGGGGAGCAGUGAGGAGGUCUGGGACAAGAUAUUGAAUGUCAAUGUGAAGGCCCCAGCCCUGCUGCUGAGCCAGCUGCUGCCCCACAUGGAGAACAGGGGGGGAAGCUCUGUGGUUCUGGUCUCCUCAAUUGGGGCAUACUUACCUGAAGCUAGGCUAGGGGCCUACGGUGUCAGUAAAGCAGCCAUUCUGGGACUCACCAAGACCCUGUCAUUGGAGCUGGCACCAAAGGAUAUCCGGGUGAACUGCCUAGUUCCAGGAGUAAUUGACACAGCCUUCAGCAAAAUGCUGUUUGAGGAUCCAGACUUUUGGAACCAUAUGAAGGGACGCCAUGGAAUACAGAGAGUGGGUCAGCCUGAGGACUGUUCGGGGCUGGUGUCCUUCCUCUGCUCUCCAGAUGCCAGCUACAUCACCGGUGAGAGCAUUGUGGUGGCCGGCUUCUCACCCCGCCUCUGAAGGACAUGAGCUCAGAGCUCGGGCUUGCCUCUCAUUGUAGAAGCGCCCUGUGGCUCUGGGGCCACCAUGUUGGGACACCUCUAUACAUGAUGAGCCUGUGCUUCAAAUACACACUUUAAGUUCAACAUAAUCAGAGUAUGAAACAAUAAAGAACAUCAGAAAAGAAAGUUUACAGCA